AUGAUUGUUAAUCUAUCACAUCUAUUGUUAUUAAAGAUAGUUAGUUAUCUUGAAGAUAACAUAGAUAGAAUAUGUGUCAGUUUAGUUUGUAAAAGAUUCUUCGAUGAAAGAGAUAAAUAUCUAUAUUUUAAUACCGAUAAUAUUGGAAUGAAUAAUAUACAAGUAGAAGAAGAUAAAGAUGAUGAAAUCUAUAAUCAUAAGAAUGUAUUUACAUUGAAAUCAUAUCGAUCAUCAAUACUCAGAUCACUCAAUCAAAAGAAGGAAAUCUAUAAAAUGAUAUCGAAUUCAAAUGUGUCCACAUUAAAAGGAAUAUCAAGUUUAUCUUGUAUCUCAGCAGGUGUUCUUCCAAAUACAUUGAAGAAACUUAAAUUUGGUUCAAACUUCAAUCAAGCACUCGAACCUCAUGUAUUACCAUCAUCUUUAACUCAUUUACAACUCGGAAGAGAUUAUGCGCAAACACUUCAAGUUGGAUCACUUCCUCCAAAUCUUAGGGUCCUUAUUAAUAAUGGUAAUUGUGUGAUAUCAGAUGGAGUAUUACCACAAUCCCUUUGCACCUUGAAGUCACCUUUUUCAUGGAUUCCAUUCAUCAAAUCACUUGACAAUCUCACAACACUGACACUGACACAAUUUGGAUGUAGUGAGUCAAAGAUCAACUUGUCAGAUCUACCAGCAUCUCUCACAAGUUUAGAUAUUCACGGCUCAUGUCAUCUCACGUCAACUCUAUCACCUUCAAUCAAAUAUCUCAACAUAUUCGAAACACAAUAUGAUAUCGAUGAGAUAUUCAAAGAUCGAUCACAAUAUCAUUUCGAAAGAAUAUCUGUCGAUGGAUUCAAACAAGAAUCACUUGACAAUCUGAAGAUCAAAGAAUUACAACUGCAAUUAGACAAAAUUGAAAAUAUUAUUAGAGAUAUUCCAUUUGGUGUGGAAACUCUAUAUUUUGGACACGAUGAAUAUCAGUUAUCUAAAAAUAUUCCAAACGGGAUUCCAUCAUCAGUGAAGAAGAUCAUAUUCCAAUAUUAUAAAACAAUCAAUGAAAUUGAUUUCGAAAUUCCAAACACUGUUGAAGAAAUAGUGAUACAAAGAUAUUGUAAUUCAGAUCAAUUCUCAAGUAAAUGGAUUCCAAACUCUGUAAAAUCAAUGACUAUUCCUUCUGAAUGGAUUAGAGAUAAUAUUGAAACACCUAUAUCAGUAACCAACUUUUGUUUUAUAUCUUACAAUCAAAAAGUAGAUCUCCAUGUGCGAAAGAUUUAUGAUAAUCAUUAUCUUCUAUUUGGUCAAUCAAGAGACAAAUUCAGUGCUGCAGUUGUAUCACGUAUUCUAUCUAAAUUCAUUGACAAAUAA